AUGGAAUAUGAAUCAAUGGAUGCUAGGGGCAGAUCUGGGGACCUGAUUUCGGCCUGGGAUCCGGGUGUAUUUUCAAAGCAGAGAGUGUUUAAACACGAGUCAUUCCUAAUAGUGAGUGGUAUGGUGGCUGGUACCAAUAUGUACAUCAAUAUAGUUAAUGUAUAUGCACCAUGCGAUGUGAUGAGAAGAAGUAAUUUAUGGGGGGAAUUAAAAGAAGUUGUUGAUAGCAGUAAUAAUGGUCUUUGGAUCAUGGUCGGAGAUUUCAACGAAGUGAAAGAGGAGGAAGAAAGGAUGAAGUCCAGAUUCAACAGCCAAGGUGCAAUGAUUUUCAAUAAUUUUAUAGCUGAAACGGGUCUUAUUGAAUAUCAAGUGGGAGGACAAAAGUAUACAUACAUGUCGAAGGACGGGUCGAACCUCAGCAAGAUAGAUCAUGUUCUCGUUUGUGACUUCGGGCUAGUACCAUUCAGAUUUUACAAUAGCUGGCUAGAAGAUGGAGGCAUUGAUGUUGUGGUAAACAAAGUCAUGGAGAAUCACGUUAGAGGGGACAACGUCAUGAAAGAUAUGGCUUGUAUUCUUAAAAAUCUCAAAAUACAGGUUAUAGAAUGGAGGAAGGAAUCAAAGGCAAGAGAGGAGGAGGGGGUCUACAACGCGACAAAAGAGGUGGAGCAAAUUGAAAAAUUAGUGGAAAGCAGGAGCCUUACGGCAACAGAAAAGGAGAAAAGAGUUAGUUGA